AUGCCGCCACGAAUAAACCUCCCGCCCGUGACGCGCAUCAGCCUCCUCGCCCUCGGCCUCCAGUCCGUCCUCAGCGCUGCCAUCCGAUACCGCCAGUGGACGGCGCACUCCGAGAUUGUCAUCCCAUAUCUCAACCUGAUUCCUCAGCUAUCGCUUGUCUACCCGUGGACCUUUGUGACAACCACCCUCGUCGAGAGCAACAUCUUCACCUUCAGUAUCGCAGCCCUGACCCUCUACCAUGGCGGUCGUUACCUUGAGCGCGCCUGGUCCUCGCGCGAGCUCGCCAAAUUCCUGCUCGUCACCUCCCUGAUCCCGAACGCUCUCUGCUUUGCCACCUUGAUCCUCUUCUUCACCUUUACCAGGAACGAGCGAUGGACACUCAUGACCAUCGCCGGCACCAUCUCCCUCCAAAUCUCCUUCCUCGUCGCUUUCAGCCAGCUCGUCCCCGCCCAUACCGUCACCCUCUUCCGCGGCAUCCUCUCGCUCCGCGUGCCCCGUUUCCCACUUCUCUACAUUGGCGUCGUGACGGCCUUGUGCCUCACCCCCAUGCUCACGAGCGUAUCUUUCCUACUCGCCGUCUACGGCUUCAUCACAAGCUGGACCUACCUCCGUUUCUACAAGGCCGUCUUUCCCGACCUCGACCAGUCCCAGACGAGCUCCCUCCGCGGUGACGCCAGCGAGACCUUUGCCUUUGCCGAGUUCUUCCCCGGUCCCGUCCGGCCCGUGGUUGCGGGCAUCUCCGAGAACGUCUUCAACAUGCUGGUCGCCAUGCGCGUCUGCACGCCUUUUACGCAAGAUCACAUCUCAGCCGCGCGAGGCGACAAUGCCUUCUCGCACCACAGCCACCAACGCGGCGUGCCCGGCAGCGCAAGAGCCGAGGCUGAGCGUAGGAGGGCGCUGGCUCUUAAAGCUCUCGACCAACGUCUGCAUGCUGCCACCGCCGGCGCCGCCGCUCGCGCUUCGAGUAACCCAGCCCCGCCCGCUGUUCAGCCCCCCGCUCCAUUGGCUACCGGCCCAACCAUUCAGACACAACCGCAGGCGAAUACGCAAAAGACGAUGACGGCGCAGACGGGCGAGGCGGGCUCCAGCUCCGAUAAUGACGGCAGCAGAAGCAGCGCUUGA